AUGAUCACCUUUCGCCCAAACUGUACUCUUCCUACGACCGCACCGGGAUUUGUGGCCAGUCCAGAUGUCCGCUCUACUAUGAGCAUUGUUUGGAGUUGCCUCACAGUCAUAAUCCUCUGUACCUGGUCGAUCCUCCACCUCAACGUGCCCUUGCAGUUCAACAGCAAGACAUGGCAACAGAAACUAGGGAGGUCCCUCUACCUGGCCAGCAGGAAGGCCGCGUGGAUGCUCUUCACCCUCCUGGUGCCCGAGUUCACCAUGGGCAAGGCCCUGGGCGACCUUCUCGAUGCCCGAGCUAGCAUGAAAGAGAUCAAGGCACAGGCAGACGAAGACGGCGUCGACUGGACCGUAACACACUCGCUUUUUGCCAACAUGGGAGGCUUUGCCGUGCGGUUUCCCGCACCUUCGGCGGACGUCGAGUUGGGGGCUGCGGAGACAGGCACGACUGACAACCGUGGGGAGAAUUCCGGAGAAUCGGAACAGUCUGACGGCACCUCCUCAACCGCUGCGCUCAUGGCGAAUCACUCAACCUUCAUCAACCGCCAGUCAAACGCAUAUAAGAGAUUCGGGGGACUCGAUUGGGGGCUUGACAUGACAAACCUCUCCGCCGUGAAGGAGGUGUUGGCGGAACACACAGAUAAACUUGACGACAUAUCGCUUAAUGCGCGACCUCUGGUGGGAGAUGUCUGGUUUCUCAACAGCCGUCAACUGGUACAAGCCCGGAGCGCCGGCAUCAUCUCGCGGCUGCCGGCUGUCACUGAGGACGAAAUCAACGAGAAGAGCAAGGGCGAUGUCAUGAUCAAGCUGCUUGCCUUGGUCCAGGUCUGCUGGCUCAUCGUACAGCUCAUCGGCCGGGCUUCCCUGGGUCAGGAAUCCUCCCAAUUGGAGGUCAUGACUCUGGCAUAUGCUGCUUGCUCGGCCAUCACUUACAUUGCCUUGUUCCCCAAGCCGAGAGAUAUCUCGAGGCCAAUAAUGGUCCCCUCGGCCAAGGCUCCCACGGCGAAGGACGUCAAGGAAAUCGCUGAAGUCGGCAGCACUGAUUUGGUCUGGCGGUCAUUCUAUAGCAUCCCAUCCGCGUCGGUUCCCGAUAUAGCUUUCAUAGGCACUCUUGUUGGGCUGAUCAUUUUCAGCGCCAUCCACCUGAUUGCAUGGAACUUUGUCUUCCCAACAAGGAGUGAGCUGAUUCUCUGGAGGGUAGCAACGCUGCUCACUGUGGGAGCGCCGUCGUUCAUGAUCCUUCACGGAUAUAUCAGCAAACUCUGGGAGAGUGACUCAGUUUUCGAUACUUGUAUGGGCUGCCUUGCAUACCCCCCGAUCUUCCUUCUGUUUCCUUUCGCCAGAAUUGUGCUGAUUGUAGAAGCGUUCCGUUCACUCUACUUUCUCAGCCCAGGCGCUUUCAUUGCAACCUGGACAACCGAGAUCCCACAUCUGGCCUAG